CAAAUUGAAACAUACUUAAAAGUCGAAAAACUUGAAUGUAGUUUGCCCAAAACAAAGCCUCAUCAUCAACCGUUUCACAAGGUGAAGUUUAUGACAAGCUCCAUGGAGAAAGUCAAGGAGACUGUAGCAAUAGAGGAAGAGGGUUUCUCUUUAGAGCUCCCUGCUCCUUCUGGCUGGAAAAAGAAGUUUGUACCCAAGAAAAGUGGGACCCCGAAGAAAGGUGAGAUCGUUUUCACUGCUCCAACUGGGGAAGAAAUCACGAGCAAAAGACAGUUGGAACAGUACCUCAAAGCACACCCUGGUGGUCCAGCAGUAUCUGAGUUUGACUGGGGCUCUGGUGAGACUCCAAGGAGAUCAGCGAGGAUCAGCGAGAAGGCAAAGGUAACUCCGGUGAAAGAAAGCGAACCUCCAAAAAAGAGAAGCAAGAAAUCAUCAGCUUCAAAGGAGAGUGAAGACACUGAAAAUACUUUGGAAGGAACCGAGGAGGCAAAAGAGGUAGCUGAAAAAACUGAGAAAGGUGACAUGGAGGUAGAAGUAGAAAAGGAUGUCGAGAAAGAAAAUCAAGAUGAGAAUAAAGGGCUAGGUACGGAGACUCAAACAGAGGCAGCUUGUACUGUAGAAGCUGGAGCUGGAAAAGAAGUCAAGACUUCUGCUGAAACUGAAGAGGGAAAAGCUGAAUCAGAGCCCAGAAACUCUAAAGGGAAAUCAAAUGGUUCUGGAGCAUCUGGAAACGAAAAAGAAAAAAUAGAUGAGGAAAAGGUGCAAGAGAAGGGUGAGCAACCACAGGGUGAGGCAGCUAAAGAGCAGGGGUCAGGCCAACAGGAGAAAGCAAGUGCAGCCAUUGAUGAUGAGAAAAAGGAUGAAGCUGAAGAUGACAAAGAGAAACUCAACAAAACUGCUCCCGAGUCUGAUGGAGAGAUGAAGGGUAAAGAAGCAGAGAAUUGCAGUGGUGAGAAACCUGACCAUACAGGCGUUGAUGGGGUCAAAGGGAAGGUGGAUGGACAGGCGAUUGAGAAUGGCAGCAAUGCUGGCGAGGUUAAACCUUGAGUUACUACAUUUAGAGCAAUUUAAGUCUCUUCACCUCCAUCACAUCUUUCUGACCUUUUAGUCCGAAGUCCUUUAAAUGACUGUAGCUUUAAUGUUGUAAUGAAUAGUUAUCUGAUUGUUGAUUCAGACAUGCUUUAAUACUGGCACAGGUUAGGUGUAUAAUGUAGCAGCUUAUUGCUAAACUAGUAGCCUGCAGUAGGAGUCAUUGUACCAUCAUGGCGUCAAAUACUGGUUAUGUAAUAUUAUUAUGCAGUUAUGUAAUAAGAUGUUGGAAAUUCUACGUGGUAGCC